AUGGCCCAGGAAGCGUCCAUGUUCUCGGCAGAUGAUGUCGUGACCAGUUACAGCAAUGGCACGGUAUAUCACGAGCCUGUUGAAAGAACCGUCGAAGAAAGGCAACUGCCCCCAGACUUUGCCUGGGGCGUGGCCACAGCGGCAUACCAGGUCGAGGGUGCUGCUUCCCAGGACGGCAAAGGCAAGUCGAUAUGGGACACAUUCACUCACCUAGAGCCAUCUCGGACGAACGGCGAAAACGCCGACAUCACUUGUGACCAUUACAACCGCAUGCCGGAGGAUGUUGCUCUCAUGUCCUCUCUGGGCGUCGAAGUUUACCGCUUCUCCAUCUCGUGGUCCCGCAUCAUUCCGCUCGGCGGACGCGACGACCCUGUCAAUGAGAACGGCAUUGCCUUUUACAAUAGUCUAAUCGAUCACCUGCUCGCCCGCAACAUCACGCCCGUCGUCACGCUCUACCACUGGGAUGCGCCUCAGGCGAUUUAUGACCGUUACAAGGCAUUCCUAGAUACCCAACAGUACCGUGUGGAUUUCCUUCGUUACGCCCAUGUUUGCUUCACUCACUUUGGAGAUCGCGUCAAGACGUGGAUCACCUACAACGAGCCGUACAUUUGUUCCAUCUUCGCUCACCUCAACGGAACGCUCGCUCCGGGGCACUGUCGCGCCACGAAUAAUGCCACACGCACCGAACCCUGGCGAGUCGGCCACACCAUCAUCCUGUCGCAUGCCGACGUCGCCAACCUGUACACUUCUGAAUUCCAACCUGCGCAACGGGGAUCUGUUUCCGUCGUGCUGAAUGGCCACUUCUACGAACCUUUUGAUGCGACCACCGCUGCCGACUGUGCUGCUGCCGAGAACAGGAUGAUUUUCUACAUUGGCUGGUUUGGCGAUCCUUUGUUCCUCGGCGAGGACUACCCAGCUCGGAUGCGGGCCUACCUGAAGGACCGUCUGCCAGAGUUUACACAGGAAGACCGCGACCUACUCCGCCGAACGGCCCCGCUGAACAGGUUCUACGGAAUGAACCACUACUCGACAAAGUAUGCGCGGGCAUUGACAGACCCUCCCGAGGACGACGACUGGACAGGCAACGUGGAGGAGACGAGCAUGAACAGCGAAGGCCAAGAGAUUGGGCCGAAGUCGGGACUGGCAUGGCUGCGGGUAGCGCCAGAGGGGUUCAGGAAGUUGCUGAAUUGGGUGUGGAAGCGGUACGGACGGCCCAUUAUUGUCACGGAAAAUGGGUGUCCCUGUCCUGGGGAGGAAGACGCUGGCGUUGCGGUUGAUGAUCGAUUCCGGCAAAGGUACUUCGGACUGUACCUCGAUGCCAUUUCCAAGGCGAUCUACGACGAUGGCGUGCGAGUCGAGGGCUACUACGCGUGGAGCUUUAUGGACAACUUUGGUUAG